CCACUCGAGUCCAUCAGCGGCCGUGAGCGGCACACCAAAUGCACUCACAGACAAAGACAAAGACAAAAUCUCCACAAUGCCUCUGCCAACGAAGUACAUGUAAGUACACCCACACCGCACCCACCCCAGCCGCCCAGCCACCAACAGACCCACAACUCACCUCACCUCUCCCUACUGGCCCUUGCCUUUGUCCUGGCCAUCCGGUACACGUUCCUCAAAAUCACAUUGAACGCAUCCUCUUCAGCAAUCCGAAUGUCCUCCUCCCUCCACAGCGGUGGAUAGGGCGGCACACUCGUCACAUCAGCCGCACCCCCCUCAACGACCGGCUGCUUUCGUUGUGUCUGCUUGCCAUAAAACACCGACGGCGUGAGAGCGGCGCUCGUGUCGCCGAUUCGGGUGUACUGGAGGCGCUGGGCGUUGUCGGCGAUGAACCGUUGUUUGGCGGCGACUUCGCUCUUCGGGAUGGCCUUGAGGCGGUCGAUGACAUCAAAGGCGGGCUCUGCAGCAGAGAGACAGCAGCAGCGACGAGAGAGGCAGUUGUAUGUGUCUCUCUUGUCCGUUGAUCUCACCAGGUUUGUUGCUGCGGACAUAGGUCCAGACAUCGCUGUCUGUGGGGCUCUCGAGCAGCAUGGACGACCCCGGCCACAGCUCCUCAUGGUCGACAUAGACAGCCGUCUGUGACAUGUUGCUGAUGUGCCACGGCCAAAGCUGCAGCUGGUCAGGGUGGAACAGGACCGGAAUACAGCCGAGAAGGAUCGAAUCAGCUGAGAGGGAAGGACAACGAAUCCGCACUCAGAGGGACGGUGUCUCGCCUGAUGGACCAUGUGUGUGUGCUGUUCUCACCGAUGGCUUUGCGAGAUGGGCUAUCGCCUGGCGGGUUGAGGCAGAAGACUGAGCUCCGGUAUGCCUCGAUGACUCGAUGGGCGUCGAAGGGUCUCUUGACCUCGCCGCCCUCAGAGCCAUCAGCUUCGCGGUCGUAGGCCUCCAUCACACAGUCGCCCGACGCAGCCUGAAGGGAAUUGAGAAGGGAGGGAAGGAAAAGAUGGAUCAUGUCUCGCGCAGAGGAAGCAAGACCUGCCUCUUCGCACUGGUCUCUGAGCAUCCGUCUCAGCCGCACAGCCACGCCCCUCCACGGCUGCUUGCUGUCCUUGUGCAGCCCGCUCGCAAAGGCCACCCACCGCGACCUGUUCGAAUGGUCCUGCCAGGGGAGAGGCAGCUCGCGGCCGUCAACGCCUCGCCGGGCGCUCGGCUCAAAAUGGACGAAUGAGGGGUAAGGAACCGAUACAAAUCGUGAGAAAUAAGGGUCGGUGGAAUCGGCGCUGCUGUCAUGGUCUCCCCCAAAGCCGAUGGUCAACCGAUAGGUGCAUGUCGGGCAUGGGGCCUCGUACGCGAGUUUCAGCACAUUCUUCCACACAGACGACUGAUUGGGGCUGAACAAUUCGGGGCAGAGGCUCCAUUUCGUAGCCACACGCGGGCCGAUGAUGAAGUGGUCAUGUCCCUGUCUCCUCCUGAAGAACGACCGCCCCUUGCCGUCCUUCACCCUGUCCAGCAGCCCAGCCAAGUGCCGCUCCUCCUCCGAGCACUCGCCAUUCCAGACAUGCUGCCGAAAGUAGGGAAUGUAGAACACUUGUGCCUUGGUUGGGUCUGUGACCACACAGGGAUGGGCCGCCAGCCGCAUGAUGAAGAGCUUGGCCAGAUAGAACUGGUCGGUGUCAUGGAAACCGCCGGCCGCAAAGCCCGACAGCGAAGGGCCAAAGCCGAGCCUCUCAUGCUCGAUGUAGCUGCCGUUGCUUCUGAGCAUCCCCGACAGCAGCACCUGUGUGGGCAGCCGAUACACAUAGAUGGUGAAGGGGCACCCUGAGCCCCAGAAGCGUCGUCCUGCGACGGUCCACCACGGCCACGGGAGUAUGAACGGCGGGGCGUGUUGUGGCGGCGUGGGCCAGUAGAUGAUCCACACGCAGGCCUCGAGGAUGACGAAAAGGAGAGCGAGGGCAGGGAGCGACUUGAGGAGCAGGUGGAAAGGCAUGAAGCACCGACCUGAUACAUCAAUGGACCUGAUACAUGAAUGGACGUAGGCCGUCAAAAGCAACUGGAGGGGAAGGUCCGCUGAGACUGCG